CAUAAUAAGAUGUUUAUUUUUCUUAUCUUGUUUUACUUUACCCAGUUAUUUACGGAAUAUUAUUGAAAGUGGUUGUGCUUCUGUAUCAUUAGAUUUCUUAGUCGUCUGAUAACAGGAACACAUGUGAUUUUUCCAGCCUAAUGAUUUAAUUGUAACAAUUAUUUGGCAAUAAUAAUUGUAGGUGCUCUGUUAUUCUUGUUCAAUUUAAUCUGGACUAGAAGUUCUUAAUUUUUGCUAAUGUAUGUUUAUAUUUGAAAGAAGAUUUUAAUAGGCAGCUUAAUAAUUAACCAACUACAAAAUUAAUAACAAAAAUAUAACAUCAUAUCAAGUUUAAUUAAGCGAUAGCGUAAUUUUAAGAAAACAAAUUAAUUAUUUACCAUUUUUGUGAUUCCGAUAAUUCGUAAUUGUAUAGUAAUUAAAAGAAAAAGAAGAAUUACCAAUAAUGGCUGCGAAAAUCAUUGCAAUAAUCACCGUCAGUGAUACAUGUUUUAAAAACACCUCAAAUGAUACUUCUGGACCAACAUUAGUUGAACUUGUGAAAGAAUUGUUUCCUAAAUCUACUAUCCAAACCACAAUAAUCCCCGAUGAAAGAAAAAUAAUUGAAGAUAAGCUUAAAGAGUAUUGUGCAAAGAAUGCUGAUUUAAUUAUUACAACUGGAGGUACAGGAUUUAGUAAUAGAGAUGUGACACCAGAGGCAACUAAAGCAGUCAUUGAAAAGGAAGCACCAGCUAUAACUAUUGCAUUAACAAUUGAAAGUCUAAAAAAAACUCCAAUGGCAAUGGUUUCACGUUCAGUAAGUGGUAUACGAGCUAACACACUCAUUAUAAACUUUCCAGGCAGUAAGAAAGCUGUUGUAGAAUGUUUUGACGUAAUUAAGCCAAUAUUGCAUCAUGCGAUAGAAAUCAUUAGAAAUGAAACAACAAAAGUUAAGUCUGUGCAUGCUGAAAUGCAGGGUCACAUUUGCCCACACACAAUUAGUAAUGUAGAUGUAUCGAAAGUUGCUUUGAGACCUAGAGAAUCUCCGUAUCCUAUGUUAGAAAUGCCUGAAGCCUUUAAAAUAGUUGAUACUGUAAUGAGUCAAUGGGUUGGAGGCAUACAAGAAGUUAAUAUAAAAGAUGGAUUGGGUCAUGUUGUGGCUGAAUCUCUUUACGCUAAAGAACCAAUGCCACCAUUUCCUGCAUCUAUUAAAGAUGGUUACGCUUGCAUCAGUUCAGACAGCGUGGGCGUACGACGAGUCCGCGCGGCUGUGACUGCCGGGGACAGUUUCAACUUGUUGCUGCAGCCUGGAGAAUGUGCACGUAUAAAUACCGGCGCUCCACUGCCGCCUGGCGCUGAUUGUGUAGUACAGGUAGAAGAUACGAAGCUAAUUUCAGCAUCGCCCGAUAAUGAAACAGAGUUAGAGGUUGAAAUACUCGUAGCACCGAAACCCCAACAGGACGUGCGGCCCAUCGGCUUCGAUAUAGCUUUGGGUGACCCUCUAGUUACUGAAGGCUCAGUGUUAGAUGCAGCGUUACUUGGUGUGUUAGCAGGAGCGGGAUAUCAGCACGUUAGGGUCAGAGCUAGACCUGUGGUGGCAAUAUUGUCAACUGGCAAUGAGCUACAAGACCCGUCCGAGGCGACUCUCAAGCCGGCGCACAUCCGUGACUCCAACCAGACGAUGCUGAAAGCACUUUUCAAAGAGCACGGGUACGACAGCGUAUGUGAGGGCGUGUCGCGCGACGACGCGUGCGCGCUGCGUACGGCCGUGACGCACGCGCUGCGCACCGCGGACAUACUCGUGUGCACGGGCGGCGUCUCUAUGGGGGAGAGGGAUCUGCUCAAACCUGUGCUUACACAAGACUUUGGAGCGACGCUGCAUUUCGGUCGCGUGCGCAUGAAGCCCGGGAAACCGAGCACAUUCGCCACCUGUCAGUUUGAAGGAAAAACUAAAUACAUUUUCGCUUUACCCGGUAACCCAGUGUCGGCGUAUGUAUGUUGUUUGUUAUUCGUAAUCCGCGCGUUACGUGUCUGCGAGCGGCGCAGUGCGGAGUUCCCGCGCCUGCGCGUGCGCCUCGCGCGGCACUUCGCACUCGACCCGCGCCCAGAGUACGUUAGGGCGAUACUUAAAUUCACUGAUGAUAUACCACACGCUGAAGUAUUGGGAAAUCAGUGCAGCAGUCGUUUGCUGAGCGCAUGUGGAGCGAGUGUGCUGUUAGAAUUGCCACCAGCUGACAAAGAGCUGCGUUCUCUAGCUGCCGGUACUGUCGUGCCGGCCAUCGUCACUGGUCGAAUGGAUCUCAACUAAUUUAUAUUAUUACAUAGAUAAUUGCCAAUUUUUGAUUGCAUGAAUUAUAGUUUAAAAAGCCAAUGGUAAAAGGCUUUAAGUGCACAUUUUUAUGCACUUAUAUUUAUCACAAAAGGUGUUUAUAUUUGUAAGUAUGCAAUGAUUUUUGUUCAGUAGUGGAUAGAAAAAUAUUUUUUUUCCAUUGAUGUAGUUAAAUAGGUAUAUCCUGUUGAUUGUAUUUAAUCAGAGUUUGUAGUGAUUUUUUUAGUAGAAACUGGUAGAAAUUAUAAUAGUCGACAUUUAGCUUGU